CUUGUUUUACUGAGAUUAUACAGAGCUUCUGCAGUGGAGUGUGAGUGAGUGAGAGAGAGAAAGAGAGAGAGACCGAGGGAAAGAGAGAGAGAGAGAGGGAAGCACGAUUUGCUCUCUUCUCUCCUCAUUUCAGUAUAUCUUACUCAUUCCCACUCAUUGAUUCUCAUCAGUCAUCUGUCUCAUCUCAUAACUCGUGUCUUUCUGUCCACACUGUGGAUGAAUCCUUCAGAUAUCUUCAUCCACAGAUGCCCGUUUCCAAGCUCAUGGCUGCCCAGGAAGACUCAACACUUUUGGGGUUCCCCUGUGUGGAGCUGCCCUCUCUAAAGUGGAUCCCCAUCAGAAGAACAGCGCUCUUUCUUCACAUAUAAGACCGGGUGAUUCAGACGUCAUCUGUCCGUCCACAAACCCAUACAUACAGCAGGACUUUCAGCUCAGAGUAUUACUAAAAGUAUAGACACCCACAAAUUGAGAUGGAGCAGGAAAUAUCAAAAGUGCAGCGUAAGAUGUCUGACCUGGAGUCAGUUCUGCAGCAGAAGGAUGUGGAACUCAAAGCUUCAGAAACCCAAAGAACCAUCUUAGAACAAGACCUGGCCACCUACAUCACCGAGUGCAGUAGUCUAAAGCGCAGCCUGGAGCAGGCCCGUAUGGAGGUCUCCCAAGAAGAUGAUAAAGCUCUUCAACUUCUGCACAACAUACGAGAACAGAGCAACAAACUGCAGGAAAUUAAAGAACAGGAGUAUCACGCUCAGCUGGAGGAAAUGCGAGUGUCUAUUCGUCAGCUGGAAGAGAAUCUGUCCGCCGCUCGCCGUCGCAGUGACCUGUAUGAAUCUGAGCUGAAAGAAUCCCGUCAGACCAGUGAGGAACUCAAGCGGAAAGCUGCAGAAUAUCAGCAGAAGAUCCAGAAGGCUAAAGAACAAGGCAAAGCUGAGAUGGAAGAACUUCUGAACAAACUACAAAAGACCAAUGCAGAACAACAAUCAAAGAUUGAAGAACUCCAGGAGAAACUUGUUAAGGCUGUAAAGGCGAGUUCAGAAGCCACAGAUCUGCUGCAGAGUCUUCGCCAGGCUAAAGAACGCCUGGAGAAAGAUCUGGAGCGUCUGCAGACGAAAGAAGACUCGACAGAUAGUCUGCGUAGACGCUUACGAGAGACCGAGGAUGGUAGAAAAACUUUAGAGAACCAGGUGAAGAGACUGGAGAUGGUGGAGCGGCGAGAGACUAAACUGAAAGAAGACAUUCAAACCAAGUCACAGCAGAUCCAACAGAUGGCCGACAAAAUCAUGGAACUGGAGGAGAGCUUACGCGACAGUCAGGCCACAGCACAGCGUAUGGAGACAAACUUGGAACAAAAGAAAAAACUUUAUGAAGACAAGAUCAAGGUUUUGGAGACUCAAAUGAAAGCAGAUUUGGCUGAGAAGGAGCUGCUGGAGUCUAAGCAGAGCACAUAUGAGGAGGAAUCCCGAGAGACGGGGAAAGUGAUCAGCGAUCAGGCUGCGACCAUCAAUGCCAUGGAGUCUAAAAUGACGAAUCUCGAACAGAGAAUUGCUGAGCUGUCCGAGGCAAACAAACUCGCUGCCAACAGCAGCAUUUACACACAGAAAAACAUGAAAGCUCAAGAGGAGAUGAUCUCUGAACUGAGACAGCAGAAGUUUUAUCUGGAAUCUCAGGCUGGAAAACUGGAAGCUCAGAAUGCAAAGCUGGAGGAACAUAUGGAGAAAUUAACACAGCAAGAACAGACGAACAAGAGCAGAGUCCUAGAACUGGAGGCCAGACUGCGAGAGAUUGGUCUGGAGCAUGAGGAACAGAAGCUGGAGAUUAAGAGACAGGUGUCCGAGCUGACGUUGUCACUACAGGAGAGAGAGUCUCAGAUCAGCAGUCUACAGGCGGCACGACACGCACUAGAAAGUCAACUACAACAGGCCAAGACUGAACUGGAGGAGACGACAGCAGAGGCCGAGGAGGAGAUCACCGUUCUCAGGGCCCAUCGGGAUGAAAUUCAGCGCAAAUUUGAUGCCCUACGAGACAGCUGUGCGGUGAUCACAGAUCUGGAGGAGCAGUUGACCCAACUGUCGCAGGAAAACGCAGAGCUGAACCGGCAGAACUUUUAUCUUUCUAAACAACUGGACGAUGCCACGGAUGAGAACGAAGAAAGAGUUCAGCUCAAAGAAGACGUGGAGCGUCUGCGCAGAGAGGUCGCAGACAGAGAGAUGCACCUCAACAAUCAGAAACAGAAUAUAGAGACGCUGAAGACGACAUGUACAAUGUUGGAGGAGCAGGUGCUGGAGUUAGAGACGCUGAACGAUGAACUUCUGGAGAAGGAGAGACAGUGGGAGAACUGGAGAUCUGCUCUGGAAGAGGAGAAGGACCAGGCGGAGCGCCGAUCCCGAGACUUACAGAGACAACUGGACAAUGAGAAACAGAACCGCCUCAGAGCAGAGCAGAGGAACUCUGAGUCUCGUCAGGCUGUCGAACUGGCGGUGAAGGAACACAAAGCUGAAAUCCUGGUUCUGCAACAGGCCCUAAAAGACCAGAAACUCAAAGCUGAAGGUCUUUCUGAUACCCUGGGUGAUCUGGAAAAGAAACACACCAUGCUGGAGAUGAACGCCCGCAGCCUCCAACAGAAGCUGGAGAUGGAAAGAGAACUGAAACAGAGACUCGUGGAUGAGCAAGCCAAACUCCAGCAGCAGUUGGACCUGCAGAAGAGUCACAUCUUCAGACUGACCCAAGGUCUCCAGGAUGCCCUGGACCAGACGGAUCUUCUAAAGACAGAGAGAACCGACCUGGAGUAUCAGCUGGAAAACAUACAGGCGGCGUACUCUCACGAGAAGGUGAAGAUGGAAGGAACCAUCACCCAACAGACCAAGCUCAUAGACUUUCUGCAGGCCAAGGUAGAGCACCCCUCUAAGAAGAAAAAGGGGAUCUUCGGCAGCCGGCGCCGUGAGGAUCUGUUGGCAGCGUUGGCAGCUCAGGGGCAGACGCAGGUACCUGCUGUUACCCCUGUGGGACCUGUGCCCCUGCAAUACAGCGAUCUGAAGGUGGCGCUUGAGAAAGAGCGAGCUCGCUGCUCUGAGCUUGAAGACGCCCUGCAGAAAACACGCAUGGAGCUCAGAGAGGUUCAGUUUAAAGCUCUGGAACACAGCGGAUCCCCGGUCACCCCUGGCCUGACCCGUCAGCAGCUCAUGAUGUCCAACAAAUCCAACAAAUCCCCUGAACACCAGCCCAGUGGCCCCCUGAUGUCAUCAAGCUCCGCCCGCAGGAAGGACGUGGCAAAUCCUGAAGAAAUAAGGAGAGUCACUUCUGAAAAGUACACCAGACGGGUGAAGGACCGGAUUCAUCACAACACUCCACAUCGCUUCACGCAGGGGCUGAACAUGAGGGCGGCACGCUGCACCGUCUGUCUGGACACGGUUCAUUUCGGACGGCAGGCCGCAACUUGCAUUGAAUGUCACGCUCUCUGUCACCCCAAAUGUUCUCCGUAUCUUCCGGCGGCUUGCGGUGUGCCCACUGAGUAUGCGCUGCACCUCUCUGAGGCCUUGUGCAGGGAGAAGGGCAGCACAUCGGCCCUUAAAGAUGCUGGGGGUCAUAUGCGACUAGAGGGAUGGAUGAAGCAACCCAGGAAUGGGAAGCGAGGACAAGGCUGGGAAAGGAAAUAUGUUGUCGUGGAUUCAUAUAAAGUGAUCACAUACGAGACAGAACCAAGAGAUGAGUCUGUGAAAGCGCUGGAUGAGUUUGAGUUGUGUGUAUCUGAUGGAGAGGUGACCGUUCACUCCGCCGUCGGAGCCUCUGAGCUCCCCAACACAAGCAAAUCAGAUGUUCCCUUCGUGCUGAAGUUGGAAUCAUCACCGCAGUCGACAUGCUGGCCCGGUCAGACUCUUUAUCUCAUGGCCUCCAGUUUCUCAGAGAAACAGCGAUGGGUGGCCGUGCUGGAAGCCAUCGUGGCGAGCAGUCGUGGGGCGAGAGAAAAAGCAGAAGCUGAUGCUAAAUUGUUGGGUAACUCUUUACUGAAGCUGGAGGGUGAUGACAGACUGGAUAUCAACUGCACUCUCCCACUGACCGAUCAGGUCGUGUUGGUGGGCUCUGAAGAGGGUCUGUACGCCCUGAACGUGAUUAAAAACUCUCUGACUCACAUCCCGGGUCUUGGCUCUGUGUUCCAGAUCCACAUCAUCAAAGAGCACGACAAACUUCUGAUGAUCGUGGGUGAUGAACGGGCGCUGUGUCUGGUAGAGAUUAAGAAGGUUAAACAGUCUCUGUCUCAGUCUCAUCUCCCCACACUCCCUGAGAUCGUACCGCAUAUCUUUGAGACGGUGAAGGGAUGUCAUCUCUUUGCCUCUGGCAGGAUAGACAAUGGCCCGUGCAUUUGUGCGGCGAUGCCUAAUAAAGUCACGAUCCUGCGCUACAACGACAAUCUCAACAAAUUUUGCAUACGAAAGGAGAUUGAAACGCUUGAGCCGUGCAGCUGCAUCCAUUUCACCAGCUACAGCAUCAUUAUUGGUACCAAUAAAUUCUAUGAGAUUGAGAUGAAGCAGUGUGUUCUGGACGAAUUCCUGGACAAGAAUGACGUGUCGCUGGCGUCGUCUGUGUUGACUGGAUCGGCCCACAGUUUUCCCAUUGCCAUCGUCCAGGUGUCCAGCAUCCCGCAGAAGGAAGAAUAUCUGCUCUGCUUUCACGAGAUUGGCGUGUUUGUGGACGCCUAUGGUCGAAGAAGUCGCCCCGAUGACCUUAAAUGGUGUCGAAUGCCUCUGACGUUUGCAUUCAGAGAGCCGUAUCUUUUUGUCUCCUACUUCAACUCCCUGGACGUUAUUGAGAUUCAGGGACACGCCGCUCUUGGGCCUCCUGCUCUGGUACACCUGGAUAUUCCUAACCCGCGUUACCUGGGCCCGGCGAUAUCAUCGGGUGCCAUCUAUCUGGCGUCCUCCUAUCAGAACAAACUGCGGGUGAUCUGCUGCAAGGGCAGUCUGGUGCGUGAGUCCGGGGAGCUCCAGAGGACCGCUUCCAGCAGGAGCAGCCCGAACAAGCGUGGUCCCCCCACCUAUAACGAGCACAUCUCCAAGCGCCUGGCCUCGGGUCCCGGGACCCAGGAGGGGCCGCUGCACCGGGAGCCCAGCACUCCUCACCGCUACCGCGAGGGCCGCACCGAGUUCCGGAGGGACAAAUCUCCAGCCCGGCCUCUGGACCGCGAGAAAUCGCCCGGUCGAGCUAUGCUAGACAGCCGCAGGGAGAGAUCACCCGGUCGCUUCGAGAGCAGCGGCAGCGAGAGAGACCGAGAGCGCUCACGCCUUCACUCGAGCUCCGUGCGCACCCAGCUUACGCCCGUCAACAAGGUACGCAUGCGACACUGCCACGUAAACUGUGUAUCCUUUUAGGGAUACAAACAUCAGGUUUGACCAUGUUCAUGCAUGCACAAAUACAUGAACAUGUCCUGCUAAGAUGUUUUUAUUUUAAGUUAAAUUAUGGCUUGCCAUGGCGGAUGCACAGUUCAGGUUAAUGUCCGGCCAUUAGAAAUAUCUGUGGGACGUCAGGAGACUGUUAAAAUCGGCGUCCUUUGAAGCAGUAAUGAUGUUUCUGAACUGAUCAUCGUCAAACAGAAGUUUGUGACCUCUCUAUCCUGGUGGCGGUGUAGGUUUGGGACCAGUCAUCGGUUUGAGAUCGUCCAGGAGAGAAGACCUAAGAGCCAUCGUCCACUUCCCGCGUGGAUGGCCGUGCCGUUUUAACAGGCGCUUCGUGUAACACUCGACCGAAUCAUCUCAUGCCUGUAACCGUGAAAAGAGCCAUGCUUUCACCUGCAGCCAAAAUAUUGUAUCUAGGACAUUUUGCUAAUGUUGAAAACUUGUUGUAACCGUUUAUGAUGCAGAUUGUAUAGAAACACAAUGCCAGUUUUGGGAAAGCCCCUAAGAAAACAGUGUAGGUUCUGUUCAUUCAGCAUUUGUGGCAUAAUGUACAUUUAUUUAUUAAGCACAUUUAAAAACACCUAAUAUUUUGAUCAAAUGUUACAACUGAAGAUGUUAAUGUGACAUAAGUUGCACAGGUAUAUUUAUAGCAAUAGCCAAAAAUGCACUGUAUUCACUGCAAAAAAAUAUUUUCAAGAAAAAAAAUUCUUAGUAUUAAUAAUAUCAAAUAAUUAUUUUUCUUAAUAUAGAAAUAAGUUUAGUUUUUAGACCAAAAAUAUCAAAUUUAA